AUGCCUCGAUUUGAUGACUCUGACUUCGUGGCCGACUCUCGUCCUAACGAGAUCACCAGCAAUCCUCGCAAUGGCCUACCCAUCCCUAGUGAUGGUGGUAACACCAUUGAGAUCCCCUCCUCUCGCAGCGCUAUCAGUGAUGCUGCCGCGCUUAUGCACAACCUCAGCCUGUCGCCCUCCAUGAAGGAGCGACGGAGCUCACGCAACUCUUUUGGUACUUCUUUGCCUAUUCCUCGCUCACCGCGUCACUCUCGUCUGUCUUCCUGGAAGACAGAUCGUCCCGCAGUUUCGCGUGACAUCCUGACCUCGCAGGUCCAGGACAUGUUCAAGGAAAAAGUCGAGUGUGCUAAAAACAUGGCUUUUGCUUUCGACAUUGACGGUGUGCUGGCACACGGACCUGAACCUAUUGAAGAGGCCAAGGCCGCAUUGAAGAUCUUGAACGGUGAAAACGAGCUAGGCAUCAAGAUCCCCUACAUCCUGUUGACCAACGGUGGUGGUAAAACCGAGGUGGCUCGCUGUGAGCAGCUCUCGCAGAUGCUCGAGGCACCCAUCUCUACCGAGCAGUUCAUUCAGUCUCACACUCCAAUGCAGGCCCUGUCCGAGUACUACGAGACUGUGCUCGUGUGCGGUGGCGAGGGCUAUAAAGUUCGUGAGGUGGCCGAGACCUACGGCUUCAAGAAUGUCGUCCACCCCAAGGACAUUCUCGCUUGGGACCCGACUGUGUCGCCAUGGCGCACAUUUACGGAGGCGGAUCGAGUAAAUGCCAAGCCUCGCGAUUUCUCCAAGAUGAAGUUUGACGCUAUCCUCGUCUUUGCCGAUUCCUACGACUAUGCCACAGACUUUCAGAUCAUCAUGGAUCUGUUGCUGUCCGAAGAUGGCAAGCUUCUCACUCGCGCGAAGGAUCCCGUCGCUAGCCGUAUUCCCAUCUACUUUUCCCAGGGUGAUUUGGUCUUCCCAACCAAUCACAAGGGCCCUCCCCGUCUGACCCAGGGAGCCUUCCGUAUCGCCAUUGAGGCCCAAUACAAGGCUCUAACUGGCUGUGAGCUCGAGCGUGUGGUCUACGGCAAACCUGAGCGCGCCACUUACACUUACGCCGAUGAGGUUCUCAAGCACUGGAUGGAAGAGCUCCACACCGAGCACCGACUCCCCAAGAAUGUCUACAUGGUUGGCGACAACCCGCAGUCCGACAUCAUUGGCGGUAAUAUGUACGGCUGGAACACUUGCCUCGUCCGCACUGGUGUCUUUCAAGGUAAGGAGGGCGAGAAUGAUCCCAACAACCCCGCCAGCUUUGGUGUCUUCGAAAAUGUUCUGGAGGCUGUUCAGGCUGCUAUCCGCAAGGAACUUGGACAAGACUUCAAGCUCAAGUGGAACCCUAAGGUCAAUCCCGUUCUUCACGGUGAUGAGUCCAGCGUUGCUAUUGAGUAG